AUGGCGAAACUCAAGGCACAUGAAGAACUCUCCACUAAUGCGAAUACUAUCAAAGCUCGCAACUGCGUCUCCAACCUUACUGAAGAUGAGAAGGCUGUUCACUUAGCACUCAAGGCUGACCAUGCUGAUCUGAGCUACUACUUAAAGAAGUUAUAUAAGUCUGCAAAGUACAAGACACGUCUACAGAAUGAAUUGAAGGUUGAGCGUAUUUGUGUUCGGACUGAGAAGGGUACCCAUGCAUCUUGCAUUGUGAAUCAGAAAGUCAAGAAUAUUAGCGCCUCUUCUUCUCCACAAGCCCCACCAUCUACUCCGCCCAAACAACUUCUGUCUGAGCUUGCUGCAUUUGAGGCGCGAGAUAUUUUAAAUGACGAGGCUGUUCUACCAGAUGAGCUUUCCGAUGAAGAGAUCACUAGCACCCAGGCUCUCUUAACUCAAGCGCACAUUGAUGCCCAUGAAGAGUCCAAUUUCCGCAAGUGGCAACAUUUCUGGGAUAGCUGUAUCCACUCAUAUACGAGAAAGGCUGGAAAGCUGAGAAAGAAGCCUGAGCGUCUCUUUGAGUAUAUGCCGUGGAUUGAUGUAGAGGAAGGCUUCAAAGAGGCGUUCUUACUUGUCUACUCUAAGAAGUUUGAUAAGGAAAAGUGGGCUAAGGUAUCAGCUGCACAGGAUAUGUUGUUCCUGGAGCUAGAGUAG